AGUCAAAGCAAAGGAGGUCAAUAGAAUUGUAGGGGUGGAGACUGUACCUGGGAAGUGUGGUACAGAUGAACACCUAGGAAGUGUGAUGUAGAUGGACACCUGAGAAGUGGGGAUCAUGGCCUAUAAAUUGCUUCAAGCAGCUGUAUGCUCCACCUUGCUAAUAGAAGUCUUGGGAGCCCCAUUUUUGAUGGAGGACCCAGCAAACCAGUUCCUACGCCUAAAAAGACAAGUGGUGCACUUGCAGGAUCUCUGGGACCCAGGUCACAACCCCGAUGCGGGGGAAACGGCACUGGCUGAUGAGGCUUGGGAAGUGUGGACUGUUUUGAAAGCAAGUGUACGUCGCUAUUUCGACAAGAACACUUUGGCCUUUGAUACAUCUGCUGCCUAGUAAAUGUGCUUGAAUCAUAAGAGGCAAAGAACAUAUAUGCUAUGAGUCAGCAGGACAGUGUGCCCAAACCACAGGCUUGGAGAAAUGGGACAGAUUUAAUGUAGCCUUUGCUACAUUAUUAUGUCUAUUUCAUGGAAAUUAUGAAAGGAGCAAUUAUGAAAAUCCUUGCAGACAUGUGGAACUGGAAGUUCUCCAUAAAUGGCCAGUCUUGAGGAUGAAAAUAAAGACUGAAGUAAAAG